AUGUGGUGUUUGGAGCUGCUCUUACCACUGCUGUUGAUCAUCAAUGAUGCCAGUUGCCAGUGGAACGUUUGGGUGCCUCGGGACAUCUCGGCCAUGACAAACUCCUGUGUGGUCAUCCCGUGCACGUUCAUGUAUCCGUCUGGCAUCAGGCCGUACCGCGGCAUUCACGGCAUCUGGUACUUUGGCCAGCCGUACCCUCAGCUCUUCCCUCCUGUUGUCUUCAAAACGCGCACGGACGUCGUGCACGAGAGCUACAAGGGUCGCACCAAGCUGCUGGGUGACCUGCACCAGAGGAACUGCACUCUGCUCAUCAACAACAUCGGCACAGAGCACUCAGGGAGAUACUACUUUCGCGCUGACCUCGGCGGAGCCAACAUGUACACGUUCCCAGACUAUGCUGAGCUCAAAGUUUUGGAUCAACCCAACAUUGACGUCCCAGAGGAGAUUGUUAGUGAUGAGAGUCUUGAGCUGACAUGCUACGCUCCAGACAACUGCCCCGACAUGACUCCAGAGAUCCAGUGGAUGUACACCGACUACCUGCCCGACCCGGAGUUCAGCUCGGACUACUUGGAGGAGAGCAACACGGCUGUGCUCUCCAGCACCCUCACCUUCACGCCCAGACCCAUGCACAACGGGCAGCUCCUGGGCUGCAGAGUCUACUACCCCAACACCACUCUGGUCUAUGAGAGGCUCAUCUCUCUAGACAUCAAGUACGCUCCACGCUCUGUGUGGGUGAAUGUGUCCUCAGAGGUGAUGGAGGGCAGUUCUGUGAUGCUGCACUGCGAGGUGGACAGUAACCCUCCUCCCAGGAUCUCCUGGAUGUUCGGAGACCAGGAGCUUCUGUGGGACACGGCGUCCAACGUCUCCCUCUCCCUGGACGAUGUGACGCCUGCCCAGGAGGGAAUCUACACCUGCGUCGGGGACAAUGGCUACGGCAUCAUGAACACUUCACUGUACCUGGCUGUCAAGUACCCUCCCCGUGAGCCCCUGGUAAACGACUCUAUGACCAUAUUAGAGGGAACCUCACUGGCUCUGCACUGUAGCACCCAGGGCAGCCCGGCCCCAACCCUCACCUGGCUGAAGGACGGGGAGCUGGUGGGCACCAUCACGGCUGAUGAGCUGUCCGUGCUGGAGAUCGUGGAGAUAACGCCGCAGGGAGAUGGACAGUACCGCUGCCUGGCCGAGAACGAGCACGGAAGAGCCAGCAGCUCCCUCAACAUCACCGUCGAGUAUGCGCCGGUCCUUCUGGAGGAGUCAAAGUGCACAGUGGUGAGGGAGGGUGUCCAGUGCGUCUGCAUGGCCACAGGAAACCCUGAACCCACCAUCGAGUUCUACCUGCCCGACCUGAACGUCACCAUCAACGAAACAGACGGCCGGUACAACUUCUACACGCACACGGACGGACACACCUCCACGGGCAUGAUCAAGCUGCGGGAGAAAGGCGAGCGGGUCGACAACGGUCCUGCCGUCAACGUCCACUGCAGCAUCUCCAACAUAUACGGGAGAGAGAGCGUUCUCCUGGAGCUACAGCAGGAGAAGAAGUACAUGAUGGCGGUUAUAGUCGGCACCAUUGGAGGAGUGGCGGUCAUAGCCUUCAUCAUUGCAGCAGUGAGAUACGUUGGCCACAACAACAAGAAAGAGAAUGGCAACCCUAGGCAGGACGUGGUCCUGGAGAACCCAGCUUUGUACUACAGCGCAGUCAAGAAGGACAAACAAAAUCUGAGGAAGAAAGUGCUUAAGACAGAGCUGUUGGGCUCAAAGUUUAACUCCAUUCUAGAGGAGACUACGGGAGAAGACGGGGAUUAUCAACCUGUGGGCUCUAUGGCAGGACUGGAGAGGCAGGAGCUGAAUUACGCUGCUCUGGAGUUUAUCGGGGCCAGGUCCAGGGAGGGGGCCUCAGGGAGGGGGGAUGACGGCAGCAACUACACGGAAAUCAAAGCCAAAUGAAUCGCGAUCCUUCCCUGAUCCCUCUGCUAUGCGAGACGCAGUGGCGACCCCGACACAUCUUCUCCCCCAUGAACUGUGUAACAACCCUCCAUCCUCCACCGGAUUUCACCCUGCAUAUGAUGACUCCCUGUUUCUCAUUUCCUCAGAUUUGUCACAUGUAGUGUACCACUCGAUGCCAGUACUCCCCCACAUGCUGCCCCUCCUCCAUGGGACACCCCUUCACAAGCCAUCAUUUGGGACAACUGGUACUUUUUGGGGUCAGAGCACGACCCACUGGACAAUGUAAAAGAAUUGAUUUAAAUUUCUAGCCUCGGUUGUAGUACAUGAGCUCCAAAACAUGCAGUGUUAACCAGCGACCAUGAUUUUUUUUUUUUUGCUUUCAUAGUGGUUGUCGAUGCAGACGUCUGAGAGCUCGCGUCCGUCUCACUCUUCGCUCUUCAUGUGUGUCUUGUAACUGUCACUGUGUCUGCUGCCAGUCGAAGCAUCAGGGCAAGGAGUAACUGCGCUUUUUGUUCUGUUAUAUUUAUGUGUGUCUAUCAGCUGAGGGCAAACCUCUCCUCUCUUUCCUUUGGUUAAUUCCAUCCCGAGAAGAUAACCAACUGAGGCCGGGAGACGGAAACGCAUCUCAGCACCUUGUUUCCACGUAAUUGCAUUUGAUGUGAGCUGUGACUCGGAAGCCUCUCGUAAUAAAUGAAACGAAAGUCCCCGUCGCCUUUGAUAAUGAUCGAGGAGGUUUUGCAAAUUCAGGUGGCGCACUGUUCUGCUCUGAGAAACGUCACAGCUCCUUUCCAGCAUUUUCCAGUUAACAGUAGAAUGUGAGAUUUAUGGGAAUUUCCUGCACUGUGGCCGACGCAAAAAGUCUGUCUCACCCCCUCCCUAAAGCGUGGCUUCUGGCUCUCUGAUUGAUCUGGAAAACACAGACCGAAAAGCACAACAUACUUGCGAGCGAGCGGCCAAAGUGUUAUCUCUUUCAGACAAUGUAUGUGUGCGUGUGUGUGCGCGUGUGUGUGUUCAAAUCGUGCUGAAAGAUCACAGGACACUGAUCACUGGGGUCUUUGGGACGUUCGAGCAUCUCUUCACUCCAGGAGUCGAUGCUUUAUUCUCACAGGGUUGCGUCAGAUGUUUGAAUGACAAGAAGUGAUGCUGACUAGCCAGUUGGUUGUGCUAUUCAAAGACAUUUGAUGAACCUGUGAUGUAAUAUCAAAGGUACUAAUAGUCUAACUUGAUAAUGAUGGUGUCAGUAAUAUAUAUUAAUCAGAUGUAUAUUGAUAGGAAAAGGGAUGCCGGUAUGUACAGUAAAUACCCUGCAUGACUGUUACGCCAGCAGGCACACAUAUAGGUAAAUGAUAAAAGCCAGUGUGGGAAGUAAAAACACAUCAUUCAAAUAUUUUUGACUGAACACUGUCUUAAUAUGAGCUUAGUAAACAGUAACAACCUCUAACGAGGUCUAACGUUUACAUGCGGGGAGUAACCUUGUCAUUGACUGUGAUUGCGGUUGAUUUAAAGUAUAAUACCAGCCGUGUUAAUCUGUCCUCAGUAUUAACCACUGAAAGGGAAAUUAGUAGCGCACUUCCAUUGAACUGACUCCCAAGAGGCAGAAUUAAACAAAGAGUAGUCAAAAUCAGAGCGGCAGAGGCCGAGAUAUCCUGACUUUUAGCCCAGAGCUCAAAACCCAAUGGAUCCUACAUUACCCACAAUGCAA